AACCUACAAAUAAUAUAUCUUAAGCAGAUGCGUGGACAAUAUGGUGGACUGUUGAUAACUUAAGUUUCUUUUUAAUUUGUAUUUAAACUAGAAGUGAAGUGAAUGCAGUAAAUUAUUAAUCAUGGAUUGGAAAAACGCAAAGAUUCUACUCGCAUCAACAGCAACGAUGGUCGUCGCAACACAAAUAGUGAAAAAAGUUUACAAGUAUUUCACCGAUUCAAGAAAGGUUACUCAAAACGAACAUUCGAGUGAAGACACAUGCAACGAAGUCUUAAGCAUUAAAAAUCGUGAAAUAAAUGAUGUGAUACUAUUCUCAGACGAUAUUGUCCGGCAUACAAUUAAAAUACCGCCGAACAAGGAUGUUACAAUCUGUGAAAGUAGAGAGUUGAACUGUUUUAAAUUGAUCAAAUACAUAAAAUCAGCACGUGAGACUCUCGAUGUGUGCAUGUAUUUGAUAACUAGCAGUGAAAUCGCUGAACAGAUCAUUCGGUUGGGACAGAAACAUGUUUUAGUGAGAAUAGUUGUUGACAGUGAUAUGGCAUUCACUCCACCAUCGCAAAUCAAAAAGUUACAAGAAUACAGUUUUAUCCAAGUGCAGACGAACAAGAAAAGUAUUUUAAUGCACCACAAGUUUUGUGUUAUUGACGGGCCAAAAGCCAUUAGACGGAAAAACAUGUUGAAAGCACACGCUGAGAAGUUAAACAUUCAUGCCCAGUUCACUAACAACAUUAAACAAGCACCAAAGAACCGGUUAAUCAAAGGUUUCGUUAUGUCCGGCUCAUUGAACUGGUCCACUCAGGCUAUGGUUUCAAAUCAUGAAAGUGUGAUAGUCACAUCUCAUCAGCACAUAGUCGGAAAAUUCGAAAAAGAGUUCGAAAGUUUAUGGGUGGAAAAUGAACCGGCAUUAAUGACAACGACAUGAUCAUACUGAUAUUUUACACUGCACAAUUAGAGCUUAAUUUUACCAUAACUGCUUAAAAAAGAUAAAUACACCUAAAAUGAAAUACCACAUGUGCCAGUGUAAAAUAUGUGCAAAAAGUAAUUUUAUAGUGAACAAUUGUAACAAAAGUUGUGCAAACGACCAAUAUAAAACGUGAAAAUAAUUAUAAAAUAUUGAAAUGUGUGAAAGUCAACAGUUUUCCUAGUUGUGUUUAUAAAAAGUGCGCAUUGGAUGCAGUGUUCUUCGCUAGAUGGCGUUACUUGGAUUAUUGCUAAGCAAGUGAGAUACUUGUUUAGCCACUCCACGAUAGAUGGCGCUUUUGAUUCAUGCGGUUCACUGGCCGAUAAACUGUGAUAACAAAUGAGGUUCGAGGCGGCCCCUUGAUAACAACUAUGGUACCUUCCAUACACCGCAUGCCACCACUUGCAGCAAUGAUCUAACGCGACCCGUCUGAAGCUCAGCAUUAUUUCAUCUAGCGUUAAGUUUAUUUCCGUUCACCAUUAUAUUAGACUCUUUAUGUUAGAAUCAAACCGUGUAAAAUGUUUGUUCCUACAAACCCUAGUUUGAUCUGGAAUAUUACGAAAUGUGUAGUCGAUACUCAUCACCGGUCUUUGACUUACAUUUUUAGUACCAUCUCUAUAACGUGAUAGUGCUCUACCGCAGUUUCGUAUAUUCUUAGGGAGAUUUGAUUCAUGACUUGGAGAAGUCCAAUAUUGUUACAUUAAGUAAUAUACAUAUUUACCAUCAGUUAUGGUAAAAUCUCGGAGGAAAAUGCAAAAAUGCUCCUUUAGUUUAUAAGUUUUAUGACUUUUGUGAUCUUUACAACGUUUUUUCCGUUUUCCUCCGCGAUCGUCUCAAGUUCGCGCAUUUUCAUUGUUUUAUUACUCAAUUAUUUAUUUGUGUUGUCUAUACGUGUUUUGAAUUAUAUUGACUAACAAAUACUAAACAAUUCUAACGCAUGACUCCUUAUUUUUACUAUAUCAACUCGCGAGUAUGCAUGACAUCAAAUAAUGUUGUUUUAAUAGUUUAAUCAUUUUAGUUUAAAUUGUUUUUGUUCAAUAUUUAGACAACCUGCUACACUGACAUGUUUAUAUUUUAAUUAAGUUUAAUAGUUUAUUGUAAUUUAUAUAUAUUGAUUGUGUUUACUUCAACAAUUUGUAAAUUUUAUCAAUCAUCAUUAUCAUAUCAGUCGUUUACAGUCAUACGCCUUGCUCCAUAAAACUUGAUUUUACGUUAAACUGUGAUCGCUUAAAUUCGAGUUUUAGUUUAUGCAUGGCAAUUCCCGGGGUUGCUUUCUAGUUUUUUUAUUAAGAAAAAUUUGAUUAUGCAAUCUGUUAAUUACAUCAAUCAGUCAAAUUAUCCAAUGAAAAAGUAAUUGUAAUUGUUUUUAUUUGUAAUGAUUUUAAAUUGGGUUAUAAUAAACAUUUCGGCAUGAA